CAAAAAAAUGAUGUUAGAAAUUCGGCAGAAAAUUGCAUUUCUUUAUCCAACCUACGUGUUAGCCAUCGUGUCCAUUGGAUAUGUCUUAGGAGAACUGGGACAUUAUAUGAUUGGAGUAACUAGCAAAGCAAUAGCUAUGGACCUGCAUUAUGGUGAUAUCACUUGCCAACUAAACAACACAGAGUUAUAUCUAAGCGAUCUUCCAGUUGUUUGCUCAGAUGCAAACAACUCAGACACGUGUUUAUCAUUGUCUAUUGAUGAUGAGCCAUAUUGCGAAUGGACUUACAACGGUCUCGGAUUGGAUUACCAAAUAUUAGCAGGACCCAGCUUUAUAGCGGUGUUUACCGUUGUCGGAGUCAUAAUGGGUUAUUUAGCUGACAAGUUUAACAGGGUAAAAAUGUUGGGAAUUGCUAGUGUAGUAUUUUCGAUAGCCAUUAUAGUCAGUGGUUCYGUAACGGAAUAUUGGCACUUGGUACUACUUCGCAUGGUUAUGGCCGCUGGCGAGUCAGCUUGUAAUCCUCUAAGUACUGGCAUUCUAUCUGAUAUUUUUCCAGAAGAAAAAAGAGCACUAGUGAUGUCAAUUUUCAAUUGGGGAAUAUAUGGAGGAUACGGUAUUGCAUUUCCAGUGGGAAGAUAUAUCCCUCCAUUGAACGCUUGGGGUUUGGGUUGGAGGGUGUGUUAUUAUGGAGCAGGCAUAGUGGCUUUAAUAUUUGCAUUUCUGACUAUUUUUACUCUGAAAGAACCAGAGAGACAAUCGAUUGGUGAAGACGCUGCUGCCCAAGCUAAUCCAGAUGCAAAAAAAGUUACCAUUUGGACUGUGAUGAGCGAACCUCGAGUUAUAAUGUUAUGUCUGGCCGCAUCUAUUAGACAUUGUGGUGGAAUGUGUUUUGCGUACAAUUGCGACUUGUAUUAUCAAAUAUAUUUUCCUGAUUAUGAUUUAGGUUGGUGGUUGUUUGCAGUCACAAUAGUCGUAGGAAGUAUUGGUGUUGUAGUUGGGGGUGUGAUUUCCGACAAAUUUGUAGCAAAAAUGGGAAUCAGAUCCCGAGUAAUCAUUUUAGCAGCUAGUCAACUUAUUGCCACACCUUUUGCCUUUGGAAGUGUAUACUGUGAGCCACUAGGAGCCAUAAUUACAUUAGGAAUAUCCUACUUUUUCGCUGAAAUGUGGUUUGGAAUCCUGUUUGCUAUACUAGUGGAAAUAGUGCCUCUACACGUACGUUCUACAACUGUAGGCGUCUUUUUGUUUGUUAUGAACAAUAUUGGAGGAAAUCUUCCAAUCGCCGUUGAACCAGUUUCCAAAGCAAUUGGAUACAGAGAAAGCUUGUACAUAUUUUAUGUUGCUUUUUAUUUAAUAAGUUCUUUGAUGUUCUUUUUCACUGUAUUUCUGAUGCCUGGAGGUGUCCAAGCUCCACCUCCUACUUCAAAAGAACUGAAUGGAGUUGACAACGUUAUGUAUUCACAUGAUGAAGUCACCCUGCCAACGAUAACUUCUAUGGUAAAGAAUACCAAGCGUACUGGAACUGAGAGUAGCAGACUGUAAUUAGAAUAAUAUCCGUUAGCAUCUAACAAUAGUUACCUGAAGUUUUUAUUUUUAAUAAAAAAUGCAGCCAUUAUAUAGUGGAGGUUUUCCAUUUUAAUGUGUAAGGAAAUUCUAGCUGAUUCUUGAAAUAUACACGACAGAAAUAUAUAAAAACUGACUACCUGAAGCUCAAGAAAUGAUGUUAAAUGUCCUUUACUUAAAAUUCGAUUCAAAUUUUCCAGUUUAUACAAAAUGGGGAUGCCAAUUGCCAAAGUUAAUAUUGCAUGGUACUUGAAACGAUUAUAGGAUAUUUUUAUAUAAGAGGUAAUACAUUAAUAAUUAAAAUAAAAUUUUAACUGUCAAUCUAUGGGAGAAAUUCCUGGCUCAAACUAAUAAACCAAUGUUAAUUGGUUCUAUGUAAAGAUAGAGCUUUAAUAAUUCUCGUAAUUAAUGAUGAACACUUCAUAUUCACUACUUACUGCUCGAGAGCUGAAGUCACCUUUUGCGAAAAAUAAAAUGUUGCAAUUUUUAUAUUUAUAGUUUCUUGGAAUUUUCCAAUGAUCCAUUUUCGAGACAAGCGUUUUAAACAAAUAUUUUACUGUUUUUACAGUUUAGGAAUAACAGCUCGUUUUUGAAAUAUUUGCCUUCAUUUUCAAAAAUAAAGCUUUAAAACCAAAAAUUGUUUUUACGAUAUUCAAGCGCAUGUUAAAAUAUAUCAAAACUGAUUUGUCUGUGAUUUUAAAACUUGUUUAAUAUGUUGCAAAUUCGUGAAAAUGAGUUGCUAGAAAACCAUUACAACUUUUUUUUCGAAAGUUUUUCAAAAAAUAACUCACUUUGUAGAGUUGGCACACGACACGAUUUUUUGGACUCAAACGAUAUUUUAUGUAUUUUAUUUCCACUUCUUUUAGGAGUGAAAGUUGAAAAAAGUGAAGUGAAAGAAAGGAUCAAAAGUUAUUAAUUUUUUUAAAUGAAUUUCACAAAACGAUUUUUCAAAAUCAUUCGUUUUACUUCUUUUGCAUUGUAUUGAAAUGUUCCUAUGUCCAAGUAUUUACCUAUUUUAAUUUUAAUACACUCUCGACAUUAAUCUAACUAUGUUUAGCUUUGAAAAAAUAAACAGAAGUAACUUUCAGUAAGAAUUUACAGAAAAUAUCAUAUCCUUGACACAAAUGGCAUUGCAAUAUAUUGCAGAAAAAUAUGUUUUGAAAGUCAGUAAUUACGUGCAUUAUGCGACAUUGUAACUAUUCUACAGAAUACUACAGAGUAUUUGUAGACGCAUAUUUAAUUUCCAAUAUACAGCAAAAAAUUAUAUUUUUUGACAAAGUAUAUUUAAAGUUUAUUCAAAUUCGGUUCAAAAUAUUUCCUCUGAACUAAACUCGCUUUAUGUUAUUAACAUGUUUGUUUUUUUCUAGAAAUAAUGAAAACCGUAUUGAUUUUAUUUGGUGAAUUAAACUUUUCAUGCAAACUUUUUGAAUAAUUUACAGCGAUUAGUAUGAUGUUGACAAAAUUCGCUUUGUCUAAAAUCUGAAAUGAUUAAAGCGAUAAAACACGUUUUAAUUAAAAUAAACUAUUAGCUUUUGUAAUUACUUCUGGACUACAGCAAUAUUAUUUAUACGCUCAACUAUUUUUCUGUAAUCUGAAAACCAUCAGUAUAUGAUCUAAUCUCUUCGUCUCCAUGUGAUAAAUCAUUAAGAGGCAUAAUCAUAUCUACAGGAAGAAUUAUUUAGAUAGACUACAGAAAAGAUUUUUUAUUGUGAAUAUUUUGAAUUUGCGAUUAGAAAUUUCUCGUAUGAAACUCAAUAAAAAGCAAUAACAAAUACAUGUUGAAUGUCUAUGAACUAAUUCCAAUUUUAAAAACUGAUAUGGUAAUAAUGAAAGUAGGUAAAUACAAUAUACUUAUAUGCUAUAAAAUGUUUACACAUUGACUUAAAUUAGUAUUAAAGCAUAAAGUGAAAUAAAUAUCAAUUUGUAAACUGGGAUAAGAUCAUAGGUAUUAAUGGUACAUUUACAGUAUAAUGGGAGAUCAAUUGUACAUAAAAUAUUCAAAUAAACGUUUUAUUUUUA